CAGAGGGAGGGAGGGCGAGCCCAGCUAGCGCUUGGAGGGGGAUGUCAGUGGUGGUGGGGAGAUGUGGGAAGAGUUUGGAAGAGGGCCACGGAAAAGGAGAUCCCCAGAGAGAUAAGGCCUUUGGUUUGAAAGGGUGAAAUGAAGACACCUGGAAAUACAGAGUGGGAAAGCAGCUGGUAGUCCCAGCUAGACUCAGUUUCCUACUCUCCCAGAUUGACCAUUAAGCCUUGCCUUGCUUGAUUCUUCCAUCUGCUGUCGCACUUUGCUAGCCGCCAUCCCCUUGUUGGUGCUGUGAGCCCCGAGUACUGCCCACAUUUAAACUAGCGGCCUAAUAAAGGGGAACUUCAUGUAAAGGGACUACAGAAAGUCUCCAAUUUUAGGGUAAUUCCUAUAGGAGAUCUAUUCCUGAAAGGACUCCAUUAAUACCACAAUGGAAACGUUUUCAAACCCCAUCCACCCCCGGAAGAACCUUCGAGGUAUUAAGAGUACUACAGUCCCAAACGUAGAUGGUUCUAUUAAUAACACCGAAGAAGAGGAUGAAGAAGAUGUAGUGGAUUUGGCAGCUAAUUCACUCUUAAACAAGUUAAUCCGUCAGUCGUUGGUAGAAUCCAGUCACCGAGUGGAAGUUUUACAGAAGGAUCCCAGCUCCCCACUUUACUCAGUGAAAACGUUUGAAGAGCUGCGGCUAAAGGAAGAGUUACUAAAAGGAAUCUAUGCAAUGGGAUUUAAUAGGCCAUCCAAAAUCCAAGAGAUGGCUCUCCCUAUGAUGCUGGCACAUCCACCCCAGAACCUCAUAGCACAGAGCCAGUCUGGAACAGGAAAAACAGCUGCCUUCGUCUUGGCAAUGUUAAGCAGAGUUAAUGUCUUGGAAUUGUUCCCACAGUGCCUCUGCCUGGCUCCUACUUAUGAGUUGGCUCUGCAAACUGGCCGUGUGGUAGAGCGGAUGGGAAAAUUCUGUGUGGACGUUCAAGUGAUGUAUGCCAUUCGAGGGAAUCGAAUUCCUAGAGGCACUGACAUCACCAAGCAAAUUAUAAUUGGCACUCCUGGAACUGUCCUAGAUUGGUGUUUCAAACGAAAGUUGAUUGAUCUGACUAAGAUUCAUGUGUUUGUCCUGGAUGAAGCAGAUGUGAUGAUUGACACCCAAGGUUUCUCAGAUCAGAGCAUUCGCAUUCAAAGAGCUCUACCCUCCGAAUGCCAGAUGCUCCUCUUUUCAGCAACCUUUGAGGACUCUGUGUGGCAGUUUGCUGAGCGAAUCAUUCCCGACCCUAAUGUCAUCAAGUUACGCAAAGAGGAGCUGACUCUGAACAAUAUCCGGCAGUAUUACGUGUUGUGCGAGAACAGGAAAGACAAAUACCAAGCUCUGUGCAACAUUUACGGUGGCAUCACUAUUGGUCAGGCCAUCAUCUUCUGCCAGACUCGUCGAAACGCCAAGUGGUUGACCGUGGAGAUGAUGCAGGAUGGCCACCAGGUGUCUUUAUUAAGUGGGGAGCUGACCGUGGAGCAGCGAGCUUCCAUCAUUCAGAGGUUUCGGGAUGGAAAAGAGAAGGUUCUUAUCACGACCAAUGUUUGUGCUCGAGGGAUUGAUGUGAAGCAGGUGACAAUUGUUGUGAACUUUGAUCUCCCCAUAAACCAAGCACAGGAGCCAGACUAUGAGACCUACCUCCACCGCAUAGGGCGGACGGGGCGCUUUGGGAAAAAAGGCCUCGCCUUCAACAUGAUCGAAGUGGAUAAGCUGCCCCUGCUCAUGAAGAUCCAGGACCACUUUAACAGCAGCAUUAAGCAGCUUGACCCUGAAGACAUGGAUGAAAUUGAAAAGACUGACUACUGAAUAAACGACUUUAUUGUUUGUGCAAUAUUCUAGUUUAUGUGAGAAUGUUCCAAUGGGUUUUGAAAGUAAUUUUUUAUUUUGAGGCUUUUUCGACAUAAAACUGUCACACAGAUGGCAAAAUAAAUGUCAUGGUACCCUUAGUUUUAAGACCUGAGGUCUUUUUGAAACCAAAUUGAUGUGAAACAUGUGAUCCUUUUGAAUAAAAAAACAAGAUUA